AAAUGCACUCUGCUGCUGCUAGUCAACAGGCAUAAGAAGAAGACACACCUAAACUGUCUCACACAGCAGCAAACAACGAAUACAGACAACUACCACUUGGAUAUUUUGUUAACAACUUGUCAUUUUGGUUGUUGGCUCUUAGAAAACAAUGAGUUACCUUUUCGUGCGCUUCAUGGAGUAUAUAGCGGAGAGAAGACUUCACAGGACCAGACUGGUGACCAAAGAUGGUCGUUGUAACAUUGAAUAUGGAAACAUCAAGUACAGCAAACACUUUGCCUUCCUUGCUGACUUCUGGACCACUUUUGUUGAGAUCCGAUGGCGUUUUGUCCUCUUUUUUUUCACUGCCUCUUUCACCCUCAGCUGGUUCAUUUUUGGUCUGGUGUGGUACUGCAUUGCCCGAAAUAAUGGAGACUUGCCCUGGCAAAACCCCCCUUCAGAUCACAUUGCAUGUGUUGACAAUGUUGUUGGACUCACAACAGCCUUCCUCUUCUCACUUGAAACCCAAACCACUAUUGGGUAUGGACAGCGAUCAAUCACCUCUUUCUGUCCAAGUGCUGUGGUCCUCCUUAUCAUCCAGUCUCUCCUUGGAGCAGUCAUCAACUGCUUCAUGUGUGGAGUCAUCCUUUACAAGAUUUCCUUACCCAAAAAGAGGGCUAAAACUAUCACAUUUAGCAACAUGGCUGUUAUCAGCCCCAAAAAUGGCUCUCUUUGCUUGUCAAUCAGAGUGGCCAACCUCCGAAAAACUCUGAUGAUUGGAAGCCAGAUCUAUGGCAAGCUGUUGAGAACCACAACUACACCAGAGGGGGAGACGAUCAUCAUGGAUCAGCUGAAUAUUGACUUCAUGGUGGAUGCUGGAAAGGACACCCUCUUCUUUGUGUGUCCUCUCACACUGUAUCACAUCAUCGACAAAACCAGCCCCUUUUUUGAGAUGGCGGUGGACACGCUACACAAGCAACAGUUCGAGCUGGUGGUAUUUUUUGAUGGCACGGCAGAGUCCACAAGCUCUACCUGCCAAGUACGGACAUCCUACAUUCCUCAGGAGAUCAUGUGGGGCUACAACUUCCUGCCCAUCAUCUCCAGGAGCAAAGAGGGCAAGUACCAAGUAGAUUUUUCCAACUUCUCCAAAGUGGCUCCAGUGGCAACUGCACAUUGUGCCUACUGUUACCACAACAUUAAGGGUCAUCAUCUCCACUCCAAAGAUGGACAUGACAAUCAGGACUUUGAGGUGAUCAAUAUCGAAGAUUCUUCAAACCUCACUAAGAUGUGAGAAACUGACUGGCAAAAAAGUUCAGAAACUGAGACUGGUAGAGUUCAAUAAUGAACUCCUCAUGGACAGACACAUGCAGGGAGCAGGGAUGAGUUAUUAAAGACAGCAAACGGUGUAGCAUUUAAAUAUGAAGCAAAGAAACCUACUUGUUUGUUCUUCCUUUGUGUUUAGCACAGAUAAUAAUAAUAAUUAAAAAAAAGAAAAGCG